ACUUAGAAUAACUUUUAUAUAUACUAAUUGUCGGGUAUUGUACAUCUCGGGAACCCCUAACCUUUUAUAAUAAUACCCCUCCUCCGCCUUUUUUGGAAUCCUUCUGCUCACUGACCACUAUCACGAUUACCUGAACCCCGGCAAAGACCUUUGUCGGAGCAGACGUCAUGGCUGACAGUACCGUCUUUCGUGCCUCCACAACUGCGCCCGUCAACAUUGCGGUCAUCAAAUACUGGGGAAAGCGAGACGCAACCUUGAACUUACCCACGAACUCUUCGCUCUCAGUGACCCUCUCGCAACGCUCUCUGCGAACUGUGACUACCGCAUCAUGCUCCGCUAGUUACCCCGCGUCCGAAGGUGACACCCUUACAUUGAAUGGCAGCCUCCAAGACAUCUCCUCUUCGAAACGAACUCUCGCUUGCUUGGCUAGCUUGCGUGUCCUCCGCAAUGAGCUCGAGUCUGCCAAUCCUUCUCUACCAGCAUUAUCAACAUACCCGCUCCGUAUCGUCUCAGAGAACAAUUUUCCAACUGCCGCAGGGUUGGCCAGCUCAGCUGCAGGCUUUGCAGCCCUUGUUCGGGCCAUUGCAAAUCUGUAUGAACUCCCCCAAUCUCCUACAGAACUAAGCCGUAUUGCAAGGCAAGGAUCGGGCUCUGCCUGCCGCUCUCUUCAGGGUGGUUAUGUUGCUUGGAGAUCUGGCACAAAGGAAGAUGGAAGCGACAGUAUCGCCGAAGAGAUCGCUCCUGCCUCACAUUGGCCAGAGAUGAGAGCUCUCAUUUUGGUUGUCAGCGCAGAGAAGAAAGAUGUGCCUAGCACAGAAGGUAUGCAGACCACCGUGAAAACAUCGCCCUUAUUUGCAACUCGUGCCGAGAGAAUUGUCCCUGGUCGCAUGACAGCCAUUGAGACUGCAAUCCACAAUCGGGACUUUCCUGCCUUUGCCGACCUCACUAUGCGGGACUCGAAUAAUUUUCAUGCCUGCUGUCUGGAUUCGGAGCCACCUAUUUUCUACCUAAAUGAUGUCUCACGGGCUGCUAUUCGUCUCGUUAACGAUAUCAACCAUGUGGCUGGAAAGACUGUGGCGGCUUAUACGUUUGAUGCCGGUCCCAAUGCCGUCAUCUACUAUCUGGAUGACGUUUCGGAAAUCGUUGCUGGAACCUUCAAGGCCAUCCUAGGAGAGGGUCUUGACGGCUGGGAGGGCCCCUUUGGCGAUAGACUCAAGGGUGUUUCCGCUGGUGCCGACCUACAGAAACUCGACUCUAGGGCUAUUGAGGCUCUGAAGCAUGGUAUCAGCCGGGUCAUUCUCACUGGUGUCGGUGAAGGUCCAGAGAAGGUUGAUACCCAUCUAGUUAGCGAAACGGGAGCGAUUUUGAAAAGUGGCCAAUAAUUAGUUCAGCGUAUUAUUAUCAUUGUUACGCAGGGGGCAUUUUCAUAGUCAAUAAAGGUAGUCUCGGAGCUUGUGUGAUGCAUCUUAUUGGGCUUUUUUGCGUUGCUAAGAUUGACGAUACCCUGAUAUCACACCGUUGACCAAUAAAGGCUGAUAUUUGAAUGAUAAUCUAAGUGCGAAGAAUCAGUUUCAGCACAAUGGAGCUUGAUUAUGCUUGGCAAUUCUGUCAUUCUGUGAAUAUGAAUUUCAUUAGAUGUUUCUAGUUAUCAUAGCAUUAUCCAACAUCUUCCUAU